AACCCUUGUUAAGAAGAUUGUGUCGAGGUGGUGGGGCGCCGGGCCGAGGUGUGCGUAAGGUUGUCAAGCAUUCAGAUUUCUGCUGCACAUCUUGGGCAAACUAAAGAAGGCUCUGCUGGAAAGGAGCAGCAGCCACAGGCCGCGGACCCCACGGCAGUUUCAGCGCGAGCCAGGAGCCGGACAAGCCGCCACCGCGCCGCCGUCUCCGCCACCGCCUUUCAGCCUAGGUCUCAGGUCAGCAGCUGCGCACCAUGGUCGGCGACGACCGAAGCCGUGACCGCGACCGCGACCGCGACCGCGACCGUGACCGCGACCGGCGCCGCUCGCGCUCGCGCGACAGGGACCGCCGGCGCCGCUCGCGCUCGCGCGACAGGCGGGACAGCAAGCGGGACCGCUCGCCGCGCGGCGACUCGCGCAGCGGCGUGAUCAAGCUGACGCGGAAGACGCCGAGCAAGUACUGGGACGUGCCGCCGCCAGGGUUCGAGCACAUCUCGCCGGUGCAGUACAAGGCCAUGCAGGCUGCCGGUCAGAUCCCCACCAACCCCAUCCCGGACUCGCUCAACAGCAGCGUGACGGGCUCGACGGUGACGCGGCAGGCGCGCCGCCUCUACGUCGGCAACAUCCCGUUCGGCGUCACCGAGGAGGAGAUGAUGGAGUUCUUCAAUCAGCAGAUGCACCUGAGCGGGCUGGCGCAGGCGGCCGGUAGCCCGGUGCUCGCCUGCCAGAUCAACUUGGAUAAGAACUUCGCCUUCCUCGAGUUCCGCUCCAUCGACGAGUGCACGCAGGCGGUGGCGUUUGACGGUAUCAACCUGAAGGGGCAGAGCCUGAAGAUCCGGCGGCCGCACGACUACCAGCCGAUGCCGGGCAUCACCGACGGACCAGCGUCUUCUGUGCCGGGCGUCGUGGGCGUCAUCUCCACCGUCGUGCCCGACUCGCCCAACAAGAUCUUCGUCGGCGGCCUGCCCACGUACCUGACCGAGGACCAGGUGAAGGAGCUGCUUAUGUCGUUCGGCCAGCUGCGCGGCUUCAACCUCGUCAAGGACUCUGGCACGGGCCUCAGCAAGGGCUUCGCCUUCUGCGAGUACGCCGACCUCUCGCUGACGGAGCAGGCGAUCCAGGGCCUGAACGGCAUGCAGCUGGGUGACAAGAAGUUGAUCGUGCAGCGCGCCAACAUCGGCAACAAGGGCUCUGGCAUGAUGGCACCGGUGCAGAUCCAGGUGCCGGGUCUGCAGCUGACCGGCGGCGCCGGGCCCGCCACUGAGGUGCUCUGCCUGCUCAACAUGGUCACGCCCGACGAGCUGCGCGACGAUGAGGAGUACGAGGACAUCGUCGAGGACAUCAAGAUGGAGUGCAACAAGUACGGCGUCGUCAAGAGCAUCGAGAUCCCGCGGCCCAUCGACGGCGUCGAGGUGCCCGGCCUCGGCAAGGUGUUUGUUGAGUUCAACUCGGUGAUGGACUGCCAGAAGGCGCAGCAGCAGCUGACAGGCCGCAAGUUCGCCAGCCGCGUCGUCGUCACGUCGUACGUCGACCCGGACCGCUACCACCGGCGCGACUUCUGAGCGGCUCGUGCUCCGGUGCCAGGGGAGUGGCGUUCGGGCGGGCGCGUGACGGCCCGGCCGGCCCGACCGGCCCGACCGCCGGCGCCUGGCGACUGCGACUGUCAGCUGCCUGUUGCCGUCGCUGGUGUCCGGUGCGGCCGGCGGGCAAAUGCCGCUCGGUCGGUCAGGCUGACUGCGACGGGGAUUUGGUUCGGCAGACUCACCUCACAGGAAGCGGUGUUGGCAGUCACUCAAGAAGAGUUCUGUCCACUUUGGGUGGUCUUUUAGCUAGGGCCAUGCCGGCCGUGCGGAGUAUGGGUGUUACCAUGUCAUCUGCGUUCUCGAAAUGUCACGACUUCAAACGCCAGCCUGCAAGUGAGCUGCGCCAUUUUGGAUGGCGAGCAUGAUCAUUGUUUCGACGCUUUUUCAUUUGGUGAGCGACACGCGCUUGUCCAUGUAGCCCGUGUAUUCCUUUGCUGCGUUCCUCCCUUUCUCGUGAGACCCUCUGCCUCCCUUGAACUUGUAAACGUCGAUUAUCACUCCACCUGACGCUAAAAGUUCGGACAUUGUGCGAUCUGGAUUAUGGGCCUGUGAACAGUGAUGGGAUUUCCUUCCACUCACCUAUCCUCGCAUUCAGCUGGCUUGUUAGGGCUGUCAUUGCCUGUCCAAGUAAACCAUGGACCUCUAUCCCGUGUCUGAAUUUCCCCGACGUGAUCGUAUCGAAAAUGAAACCAGACGGCAUUUCGUGAUUAUGUGGAGUGAAGCCAAUACACAUCGCCCCGAACCAGA